UAAGUACAUUUCUUGAGCUUCCAUGAAAGUCCCUCCAAGAAAACCUCGCUUUUUCAAACCCAUUUUGCCAGGCUUCAAAAAUGGACUUAAAAUUCCCACAGGUUUCUUGAAGUAUCUGAAGGGACACUCGCAUAUUAAACGUGCAGUACUAAGAAGUGAUGGUAAGAAGUGGCUGGUGAAGCUGAACGGGUAUCGACUAGAAGAUGGUUGGAAAAAGUUUGUAGAGGAGCUUAAUUUGCAACUGGGAGAUUUGUUGAUUUUCAGACAUGAAGGAGAUAUGGAGUUUGAGGUUUCCAUCUUUGAUUCAAGUCACUUGGACAGAGAAUAUGGAGCUGAAGAAGCGCGUACUCCUGGAGAAACUUCGAAGAAACGUGAAUUCAAAGGUGAUGUUCUUCAGGGCACAUUUGUGAUAUAUAUUUCUUCAACAUCUACUGGAUGCACAAACAGAAACAUGCUUAUAUUAUAA